AACAAGCCGGAGGGCACCACAUCAAGUUUUGCAGGAACUGGAAGAGUCACCUUCAUUCAGAGUCUCAUGAAUAUGCACAGAAACCUGUUGAAUUAUGCAGACAGACACGAUGUAAAUGGGUCCAUGGUGACAUAGAAAGGAAAUCUGGACUUCUCCCAAGAAGGAGCUUUUUAACCAGGAUCCUUUGCCCUUUUCUGGUGCCAGAGGUUGGGCCAAUCAGGGCACACAGAGGCAGCGCACAGCCAUGAGUGAGAUUCCAGGGCGAAGUCCAGAGCGGGGAUACUGUGAGUGGACCCCAGGUGCUGCCCUGGGAUGGAGCUGGGAGCUGUCUCAGGAUGGAGAGGAAUCCAGCCUUAUCACACCAUCCCACACCCUUGGUUUUGGAAGAUCAGGAAAGAAUUUGGUGUGGAGGAGGAGGAAGACAUUGAUGUGCUCUAAGUGCAGCAGGUGGUGAAGAGGUUUGAGGCCUGCCGAGUUUCCCAGGCGUUUAAAUCAGUAAUGGGUACUACAGGUUGCUGUGAAGGGAAGGGAAAGAGAUGAGGCCCAGGGCAAAUGGUGUCCUUUCUGCCUCGCUCCGUUGGAUUCAGAAGUCUAGUGGUGCUGAGAGGGACCUGGAAGUUGACGUCACUCUGGCUCUGCACUGGAUGAGACACCCUCUAUCAGAUGGCUGCUCCUGUCCCGUGGGCCUGUUGUGCCGUGCUUGCUGCUGCUGCUGCAGUUGUCUACACCCAGAGACACAGUCCACAGGAGGCACCCCACGUACAGUAUGAGCGCCUGGGCUCAGAUGUGACAUUGCCAUGUGGGACAGCAAACUGGGACGCAGCUGUGACGUGGCGAGUGAACGGGACGGAUCUGGCCCCUGACCUUCUCAAUGGCUCUCAGCUGGUGCUCCAUGGCCUGGAACUGGGCCACAGUGGCCUCUAUGCCUGCUUUCAUCGUGACUCCUGGCACCUGCACCACCAAGUCUUGCUCCAUGUGGGCUUGCCGCCGCGGGAGCCCGUACUCAGCUGCCGCUCCAACACUUACCCCAAGGGCUUCUACUGCAACUGGCAUCUACCCACCCCCACCUACCUCCCCAACACCUUCAAUGUGACCGUGCUGCACGGCUCCAAAACUAUGGUCUGUGAAAAGGACCCAGCCCUCAAGAACCGCUGCCACAUCCGCUACAUGCACCUGUUCUCCACCAUCAAGUACAAGGUCUCGGUCAGUGUCAGCAACGCCCUGGGUCACAACGCCACGGCCAUCACCUUCGACGAGUUCACCAUCGUGAAGCCUGACCCUCCAGAAAAUGUGGUAGCCCGGCCAGUGCCCAGCAACCCUCGCCGGCUGGAGGUGACAUGGCAGACCCCCUCAACGUGGCCUGAUCCUGAGUCUUUUCCUCUCAAGUUCUUUCUGCGCUACCGGCCACUCAUCCUGGACCAGUGGCAGCAUGUGGAGCUGUCAGAUGGCACCGCACACACCAUCACGGACGCCUACGCCGGGAAGGAGUACAUCAUCCAGGUGGCAGCCAAGGACAAUGAGAUUGGGACAUGGAGUGACUGGAGCGUGGCUGCCCACGCCACACCCUGGACGGAGGAGCCCAGACAUCUCACCACCGAGGCACAGGCCCCGGAGACCACGACCAGCACCACGAGCUCACUGGCACCCCCUCCCACCACGAAGAUCUGUGACACCGGGGAGCUGGGCAGCGGCGGAGGGCCCACCAUACCCUCCUGGAUCAGUGUCCCUGUCACCCUGGCCCUGGCUGCUGCUGCCACCACUGCCAGUCUCCUGAUCUGAGCCAGGACCUUGCAAGAACAUGCCAGAGCACCUGAGAGGAGCAGGAGGCUGGAGCUGAGCCCACAGACGCCGGGUUCUAUUUUGCACACGGGCAGGAGGACCUUUUGCAUUCUCUUCAGACAAUUUGUAAAGACCCCGGCGGGCCGGGCCUGCCACCCCCUAGCCCCACCACAUCAAACUGGCCCACCUUCCUCUCUUGAGGGAGCAGGACCAUGCAGCUAACCCACCCACCAAAGACCCCCUCACCCUGCCCCUUGGGCUGGACCCUCCAAUGCCAGCGACCCCCAGGAGCCCUUGGGGGGCCUGAGGGGGCCUCUCCCACCUACAGUUUCUCCUCCUGCCCCAGCCUCCUGUCUGUCCCAGGGUCUCUGUUGCCACCAUCAGAUUAUAAGCUCCUGACACUGGUGGGGGGGCCCAGCCAUCUCCCUCCCCCAGUGCCCACACUCUGCAGCCCCUCACACCUGCCCAUUUUGUAUGACCCUCUCAUGACCUGCCCUACCCCACAGUAUUUAAGGCCCUGUGAGUCCCUUCUAGUCUGACUCAGUGGUAACUUGCUGUAUUUGAAUUUUU